AUGCUCGACGAGGUCGAGAAGGUGUAUGGUGCGAGCCAUAGGCCAAAUACUGUACGCGGGCGGAAGGAAGAACGUCAGGCGAAGCGGAAGGGUCCUGCACCUCGCGAACACGACGAGGCGCCGCGGAAGAAGGCCCGCCCUGCGGCUGAACCCAAAGCCAAGGAGGGCAAGGCGAAGGCUGAGCCCAAGGCCAAGGCGGAAGCUAAGCAUGAGAAGGAGGGCAAAUCCAAGCCUGAGAAGAAGAGCAAGAAGGAGCUCGUGCUCCCCGAGGACGACAAGGACGUCGAGGACCGCGAGAUUGCUUGGCUCGAGUACAUGAUCAAGAACGAAGGUGGGGAGGAGGCCGGCUUGGAAGAUGGCCUCGACGAUAUCCUCGACUUUGCGGAGAGGAUGGAGCACGGCAAGCUUCGGAGGGACGAGCUCGGUGACAGCGACGACGAGGACGGUAUGGGCGAGUUUGAGAUUUCCGAGUCGGAGGAGGAGGACGAGGACGAGGACGAGGACAGUGAGGAGGUUGACGAGAGCGAUGGCGAGGAGAGCGGAGAGGAGCAGGAAGUCGACCUCAGCGAGGAUGACAGCGAAAAUGAGGGCGCCGAGGAGGAGUGGCACGGCAUUGCCGAUUCCGACUCUGAGCCUGAACCUGAACCAAAGCCCGAGAUCAUACCUGAGGAGCCGAAGGCGGAGACGGCUGUACCAGCCCCAGGCCGCUACGUCCCGCCCCACCUCCGUGCUGCCAUGCUCGCAGAGAAGGCUGCUGGUGACGGCGCGCGCGCCGCGGAACGUGCCAAGCUGGAACGCAAGGCGCAGGGUCUACUCAACAAAUUGAGCGAGGUCAACAUCGAGAGCAUCCUCACCGAGGUCGAGAAGCUGUUUGGGGAGUACAGUCGUAACGAUGUCACCGCGACACUCACGAACCAGAUCAUCCUGAUGAUUGGGUCCAAGACCAACCUCCUCGACAGCUUUGUUGUGCUGUACGCUACCCUGGUCGGCGCGCUGCACCGCGUCGUCGGCCUCGAGUUCGGCGCGCACUUUGUGCAGACACUAGUGAACAAGUACAACGACGAGUUUGCGCGUACGGCCCCAACGUCGACGUCUGCGGAUGGCGACGAUGCAGCCAAGGAAGCAUUCAACCUCCUCACCCUGAUCGCCGAGUUGUUUAAUGCCGGCGUGAUUGGCAGUCAGUUGGUGUACGACCUGGUCCGCGGGUUCAUUGGCGAGGGCGAGGGCGAGCUCAUGUCCGAACGUGGCGUCGAAGGCCUCCUCAAGAUCCUCAAAUGUUCCGGUUCCCAGCUGCGUGCGGAUGACGCCGCGUCACUCAAGGGCAUCGUCUCGCUCGUGCAGGAGCGUACGCGCGGGCGCGACAAGGAGAUGACUGUGCGCGCAAAGUUCAUGAUCGAGACACUGGGCAACCUGCGCAGCGGCAAGUCCAAGGGACUCGGCACGGAGCGCCCCGACGUCACGCGUAUGCGCAAGUUCCUUUCGGGCAUGGGGAAGAAGCGAAGGCUUCUCGCUCCCGAGCCCCUUCGCGUUGGACUCAAAGACCUCCUUUCCGCCGACAGCAGGGGCAAGUGGUGGCUUGUUGGCGCAGGAUGGAGCGGUAACCCGCUCCUCGAGCGCCAGCCGGCAAAGAAGGCUGAGAAGAUGGACGAGCGCGACCGCGAGGACGAGGAGGUUCUCCUCGAACUGGCCCGAAAGCAAGGAAUGAACACGGAUGUUCGUCGGUCGGCAUUUGUCGUCCUCCUCUCUUCAGAGGACUAUGUCCACGCCUGCGACAGACUGCACGCCUUCCGCCUCACGCAAGUCCAGCAGCGCGAUUUUGUGCGCGUCGCCCUCCACUGUGUCGGCAUGGAGACGACGUACAACCCAUACUACACGCUUGUGCUGAACAAUCUGUGUGCCAACUCGUACGACCAUCGCUUUACGCUCCAGUACGCUCUCUGGGACCUUUUGCGCGAAUUGGCCGAUGGGGGAGUAGACGAUACGCGGGCGUCGCACGUCGCGCGCGCACUCGCGUUCCUCAUUGCGCGGGGUAGUGUCGACCUCACGAUCUUCAAGGCUGUCGAGUUCACCGAUAUCUCAAAGGGUACGCGCAAGAUGCUUGACUCACUCCUCCGGACCCUCCUCCUGUCGAUCCAUACCGCUUCGCCCCUCCUCACCCUCCCGAAAAAGUUCAAGGUCGAGGACGCCGACCUCGAGACUGUUGAGGCGACGUUUGAUAAGGCUCUCGCGGCGCCAGAGCUCGCGGGCGGUCUCACGUGGAUCCUCCAGAGUAUCCGCAAGAACCCCGGGAAGGGAGUUGGUGCGCUCGAGGGGGAAAUCAUUGGUGUCGGGGCAGAGGUUGCAAGCGGCGUGCUGGCGCGGGCUAUCUAG